AGCACGGCUCAGCCCAGAGAGCAGGGGGAAAGCUGAUAAGGAUGAGUUCAUGUGCUGACUUCUGUGGGUCCAAACAAUCUCAAAAUACUCCAGAAGGAGUAUACCAUCGUUAUGGAGUUCGGUCCUACCUCCACCAGUUUUAUGAGGACUGCACAGCUUCAAUCUGGGAAUAUGAUGAUGAUUUUCAGAUCCAGAGAUCGCCUAGUAGGUGGAGCUCUGCUUUCUGGAAGGUCGGACUCAUAUUGGGCAUUAUCCUCAUGCUGGCGGGUCUAGCAGUGCUUGCAGUGGGCUUUCUAGUACCACCUAAAAUCGAAGCUUUUGGUGAAGAUGAUUUUGUGGUCGUGGAUAGCCACGCCAUUCAGUUCAAUGGAGCCCUUGAUAUCUGUAAGUUAUCAGGGGCCAUUUUGUUCUGCAUUGGAGGAACUACAUUGGCUGCAUGUCUUUUGAUGUCUGCCUUUGCUAAAAGUUACUCCAAAGAAGAAAAAUACCUUCAACAAAAAUUUAAGGAAAGAAUAGCAGACCUUAAAGCCCAUGUUCAUCCAGUGACAAAAGCCCCAGCUCCAGGAGAAGCAAAGAUACCUGUUACUUUGUCCAAAGUUCAAAAUGUUCAGCCUUCAUCAGAAACCUGACAUUUACCCAUCAAUGUAAAAUUCUCUCAAUUGAAAAGGUCAGCUUUUGUGAUUUUUACAGUGAAAGUCUUAUUUUGCAGUACAGUCCAACUGUACGUGGCUGAAAAAUAUAUGAAUAGUCCUAACAGCAAAAAUGUGAAAAGAUCAUGGGUUCUUGUGUGUUUUUAUGGAAAGCUUUCUAAGCGGUAUUUCUUUUCAAUUCAUAAUGAUGGUAACAUCCGGAAUGCCCUUGAUAUGGUUCCAUACCAGCAACCAAUUGCUUUUUCUGUUGAGCCCUGAUACUUACUUUUAAGUGAGGUCCAAGCAAAUGAGAAAAUGGGUAAAUAUAAUGGAAGUAACAGAUGAAACAUAUCGGUUGAGAGAAGAUUGACUGCGUGGGGUGACUUUGAAAAUCAAUCAGUACAUCCGCUCUUAACUUAUACAUUUGUCAUUAUCACUGAUCCAUUAUAUUUUAUUUCAUUCUUCUUUGCAGUGGUGUAGUUGGAUAGUAUCCUUGGUACUGUGCUGUCACAUCCCCAAUUCCAGUCUUGUCAUUCAAUCUGUUCCUUUGCUAUUGUUUGGUUACUGUUCACCAGCUUUCACUUCCAAAAUCUUUGAACAUGUUAAACCAAUGAAAUGCUAUGUGUCAAGUGAAUAACAAUGUCUGCUGAAAAUGUUGACAUGAAUAGUUUUCACCUUGUGUCAUUUCAGUUCAUAAAAGUUAUAUAAGGAACCAGUCAGUUUCAUUCUAAAUUGUAUGUGAAAUAAUUGCUUUUAUUGUGAAACACUGCAAGGUUUACACUGAUAAAACCUACACUUGUCCACUAAACGAAGACACGCUAUGGUGGUUGUUACAUGGUAUGUACCAUUUUCAUCUCUUUGCAAUGUAACUGCAGUAACUUUGCUUGUCACAAAACUCUAAUUUCCACAUAGGGGGAUUCUGGGAGUUGAAGUUAUGCAAGAACUGGAAGAGUAAAGGUUGCCAGUUAGUGAGGUUAGUGAGACAAAUUUAACAUUCAGUAUAAAGUAUGAUCCCAGUAACCCAGAUUCCUAAUUCUGACAAUGUUUUGUUUUAUCCAUUCUGUUGUAUGGAAAGGAGAUAUGUGAGGAUAUUUUUACAGUAAGUUCUUCAGCUCCUAGCCGUUUGUAACAUGUUAUUAAAGGCUCUCCUCUUGUAUAUAGUUUUCACUACAAUAACCCCAAUAUGUAAUAAAAGUUUGCCCAGUUACAGUAACCCAUAGCAACAAAUAAGAUGUUUGAUUUCAAACAGGUGACCAGUAAAUCCUACCUGCUGAUUGGUUGCUAUAGGUUGCUGCUCUUGGGCAAACUUGGUGCCUUUAGAGGCCUGUUUACUAAUAAGGCCAAUAAAACAAACACCAUCACAUUAAAAAAAAACUUUUUUUUACACCAUUACGUUACGACAGAAUAUUUACAGAAAAAGACUCGCACAAAAGCGAGAAUAUUGUUCCAUUGAUUUUAAAUGAGCCUGAAAAACUAAUGUUUUAAUAAACCGGCAAAUUAAAUAAAGUUGUUAGAGACACUUCCCAUUGACCUUUGUAGAAACUCACCAUAUUUUAUUUGCAAUUUUUUGAAAAUGUAUUCACACUUUCUGUGGUUUCAGAAAAUACUUAUUUUUGCAUUUGCUUCUUUUGCCACUUUUUCUAAAAUUUAGAAAAAAAGACUAAAGGUGGCCAUAUGCCAUUGUUUGCCGGCCUCGCCAAAAAGCGGAUCUUGCCCUAAGGUGAGCAAUAUCAGAGUAAUUCGGUAAAAAUGACAACGACUGGAAUAGAACCCAUUAGAGCAAAACCUGCGUCAAAGAGCCAAUGUGGUCCUUGAUCCAAUGGAAAAAUCAAGCCUGAUGAUUGACAUCUGGCUAAUAUUAUUCCAGAUAUCGGUCGGGCAGACUGGCUGAGGGCCACCAUACAUGGUAAGAUAAGGUGCCAAAUUCGUCUGAAGGAGCCAAAUUUAGCAGCUGAAAUCUUUCCGUGUAUGGUGACCUUAACAUGAUGAUUGAUUAUUCUAAUGGUUAAAAACAACUCAGCAGUAUCAAGCAUGUAAAAUACCUUAAACUUCACACUAUGUUUGGCAGGACAAGGAAAGGAAGAGCUAAGGCCCAGCUUUUUAAUUUAUAAUGCCCCACCCACAUGAUGGUAUGCCUGGGCACCCCAGAGGCCCACAGCCCUGGCCAGUCCAUUAAGAAAUCUGAGGGGCAGCAAGGCUUAUGCACUUGAACCUGUGCAAGGAAUGGCCAUUGGGCCUCCAGAAUUCAAUAUGGCAGUACACAAAAGCUUGCAAUCUGGGGUGUGUAGACUGCGAAGGGAAGGAAGGACUUGUUUUCCCUGUGGACUCUCUGGCCCCAAGUUACUCACUAGGGGUCCAUAGAUUACACACCGCUUGGGCUUCCCUCUCUGCUCUCAGAAACAACAGGUUUCACAGGGAACAUGGUAGCGUUUUCCAAAUGUUUUUGGAUAAUCAAAGUUUUGUUUUCAAUUGGCAUUUUAUAUAUAUAUAUAUAUAUAUAUAUAUAUAUAAAUUCUCCAAGGGCCUCUUAUUAAAGGAUUAAAGUGAGCAACAUGGUAAAGUUUGAAAAAUAUCUCCAAAUAUCUUCUAGCUUCACCUACCUAUAAAUGUUCUCUCCAAUAGAAAUAUUUCAAUUUGAUUCUACAUCUAUGACUUUUCCUUGCGACAUUUAGACAUUUGGGGAAAUGAAUUUAGUCGAAUUUUUAAAUAAAAAAAA